GAAAAUGACUCACAAGCGCUUUAGCUAAAAUCCCAUAAACCCUAAUCCCCAAAUCGAAAUCUUCAAACGAAGAAAGAAGAUGAUCAGAAGAAGAAUCUCAUCGAUCAUUUCAACAUCUCUCCUCAAUUCAUCGAUUCAACACACCUCCAAACCCAGAUUCCUCACCUCUUCGUCUUCGCCACUUCUCCAAUGCCGCCGAUCUCCGAUCCCCACCUUAACGAGCAAAGCUUCGUCCUUUCAGGGGAUCAGGGCGUAUAGUUUGCUGAGCUUGAACGAUCUGAGAGACAAUGUGCCGAGGAAGCUGAAGACGAGGAAAGGAAGAGGGAUUGGGUCUGGUAAAGGUAAAACCGCGGGGAGAGGUCACAAGGGGCAGAAGGCGAGAGGGACGAUGAAGUUUGGGUUUGAAGGUGGGCAGACUCCGUUACGACGUCGUUUGCCUAAACGUGGGUUUAAGAACAAGUUUAAGCUUCAUUUUCAGCCUGUUGGUCUUGGAAAGAUAGCUAAACUUAUAAACGCUGGGCAGAUUGAUUCUCAUGAGUUGAUCACUAUGAAGACGCUCAAGGAUGUGGGAGCCAUAGGGAAGCAAAUAGAAGACGGAGUAAGACUAAUGGGUCGUGGUGCUGAUGAGAUCAAAUGGCCACUUCAUUUCGAGGUUUCAAGAGUGACAGUUAGAGCCAAGGAGGUGGUGGAAGCAGCAGGAGGAUCAGUGAGGAGAGUGUAUUACAACAAAUUGGGUUUAAGGGCGUUGCUUAAACCGGAAUGGUUUGAGAAGAAAGGAAGGCUAUUGCCAAAAGCAGCGAGACCACCACCUAAACAACAAGAUAGGGUCGAUAGCAUUGGACGUCUUCCUGCUCCGAAGAAACCCAUCCCGUUUUUUCAAGCUGAGGAAAACAAAGUUGAGUCUCCUGUUGAAUCAUGAUUUUCUGUUAAGUUCUUAACGUUUGAAGUUUCGGUUUAAGUUGUUUGUGUUGUCCCUUAGCCAUGUUUCGAGAAAAUUUUGCAAAAAAAUGGCGGAUUUUUAUUGAACGAAAUAAAAUGCCAUUCCCUUUCAUUUUCUCAUUUUCUCAUUUUCUGUGCUUGUCGUAAGUGUGUUAAUUUUCCCUAACAAGACUG